AUGAUUAAGCAUCAGUGGUCUCUUAUUAUUGUAUACUCAUUCUUAUUCUUAUUCCGUACUGAUCUAUUUAAUCAUAUACAUUGUUUAGAGUUUGAUACAAUUCAAGUGAAAGGUGAGAAUGAUAAAGUUGAGACAUUAUUUGUAUUAAUUAUACCUAGUUCUAAUGAUAAAUAUACUACAUCUUCAAAAAAUAAUGUUCCGGUUUUAUAUGCUUCAGAUUUUGUACACAAGAAAUCUGCUGGUGUUCCAAAAAGUUAUUUGCCUCGUACAAAAUUAGACACUACAGAGUUUACGAAGACAUCAGUUGUUACAUCUUCACCCAUAGAAUUAUUUGAAGAUCGCAAUAAAACUGUCAGAGAAUUAAUUAAACAAUUUGAUAAUAGUCAUGAAGAUGGGAAUUUAGAGAAACUACAAAAUGAAGUACCUACAGUUAGUGAAGAUUUAGUAGAAAAGGAAUCUGUGCAAUAUAGACCAAUGAAAAUUAUUAAUUUAGAUGAUGAUUAUGAUUCAAUAACUGAGUCAUCAGAAGAUAUAUCAGAACAAGUUUCUCAAGAUAAUAUUGAAAAAGAAAAAGUUGAUAGUGUAGUUAGUGAUCAUAUAUCUGUACUUAAAGUUGAUGAUUCAGAACAUCAGACGACUAAUACUACCAUUGUUAGUAAAAAUAUACCUGAUGUGGAAUGGAGUAAUAUAAAGACAAUUCUACAAACAACUACUUUAUCAACACCAUAUCCCCCUAUUACUCAAGAAAGUAAAGGUUCUUGUAUUAACUUUUCUGAUAUAUCAAUUAUAUUUGGUACUGAAAAGGAUGCUUUUCAAACUGCAGUUAUGAAGUGUGGUAGAUCUUCUCUUGGAAAGUAUACUGGAACAAAGAGAUGUAUUAUGAAAAAGACUUUUACAAAAGAUAAUUUGAUAUUAUCUGAAUUAUGUUCAACUUGUUAUGCUGAAUCAGUAUUAUGUGGUAGUAAGAACUGUAAAGGCCCAUGUUUCUCAAGUACAUGUAAUAAGAAAUGUCAAGAAUGUCAUAAGGAAAAGUGCUCACAAGAAUUAAUUAAUUGUACUGGAGUAUCCUGGCUUCCCCUACCUUGUGGAUUAGAUCCAUUCAAACCUAUUCCAGAUAAAUGGUCAAUAAAGGACCCUAAAUAG